AUGCCAUUUGUUCCAUUGCUGAAGCUUGGCUCGCGUAUCUGGGAGUUAUUCCAGCAGAUUGUGGAAGUCGUGGUGAUCAGUGAGAAUGAUGAAGUAAAGAAGGAAGAUAAGGAGGAGAAAGUGGAAGUAAAAAAGGUAGAGAGUCGCGAAGCGGCAGAAUUGUUCCCCAGGAAGCAUAAUGUGGAUUUGAAUCUGUUUAAGGAUGUCUCUGUGACUCCCUGUGCAAUGGAUAUGUCCACUAUGGAGACUCCGAUGACUAUGACGGUAUCACCAGAGGGGAAUGUGAGUUGUAAGCUGAAGAAUGAAAUUAAAGCGACAUCUCCGAUCACACCAGAGAGUAGUACAACUGCCAAGACUCCGACUCCUGAUGGUGUUUCUCCUCAGGAUGAGGUUGCAAAGGAUAAAGAGGUCUUUGUUUGUCACUACUGUGAUGCAAAAUUUAGGAUCAGAGGGUACUUGACGCGUCAUAUCAAGAAACAUGCGAUUCAAAAGGCUUAUCAUUGUCCUUUUUUCAGUGCAGAGGCUCCGCAAGACAUGCGUUGUCACAACUCUGGUGGGUUUAGUCGUAGAGAUACUUACAAGACUCACUUGAGGGCAAGACACUUCACGUAUCCAAAAGGUGUGAAACCUCAAGAUCGUACGAAAUCUUCCGGGCACUGCAGCCAGUGUGAGCAGUUUUUUGAGAAUACCGAUCAGUGGGUCGAACAACACAUUGAAACCGGUGAGUGUAAGGCUUUACCAAAGGGAUAUUACAGAAACAUCAAAAGUGAGAGGAAAUCCGGGAAAUUGAGAAUGAUCAAGGUCUCUACGGGCCAUUCUCGUUUCAUUUCCACUGCACAGAGUGUGGUGGAGCCAGAAGUCUUGCUCAACAAGGAUGCUUUGGAGGCAAUGGCUAUCGUGGCUCAGGAUACUAAGAGAUCCGAUCUUCUUUCCAAGUUUGGGAACAAUAAGAUAAUGAUGAGCUCAACAUGCUACAAGGGAAUUAAACCAAAGAAAGAUCCAAUGUGUAAGGGUAAAGAACCAGAGCUUGUUACAGGUGAGCUGCGACUCUCGAGUAAUAACUACACACCUUUGGACGCAUCUGGUCCCGAAUCUAUGGACGACGAAACAGCACUCAACGAAAUAUCAUCCUCGAUAAAUUUUUCACCAAUGGAUAAUCACCUCCUGGAACCCGUGCCAUCGUCGUCGUCACAAUCAUCUCACGAGGAUCCCGUGGUGGCAACCAAGGGCGUUGUGCAACCGGUGUUGUUUAACGAUCCCUUCAGUGUUCCACUGGACUUGGAACAGUGUUCUUUUUCAAAUGGGGCAAUUAUAGGGGAUCAUACAACAUACAGGAAAUCAAGCGAUGAGAUGUCGAAGGUCGACAUGGAUUACACACUUUUGGGACAGGUUAAUUUGAGAAACAGCGAACAGUACAUGAAUCUAUACAACUACAAUUUUGGUACCAAUCUAUGA